ACAGCUAUCAAGAUCAUGGAAUACCGGUCCCUUUACUACACUGGUACUUACGGCGAGCAAUACCCACGUAUCGACACCCACCACUGCGAGAACUUGCAGGAGGCACGACGACUGUCAUUGUCAUACUAUCAGCUACAAUAUUGACCAGACAUUCAAAAGGGGCGGGAAAAAACCUUGCACUUGGAAUGAAAACAUGACACUGCCUAGGUGUCACCGACAAUACUACCAGCAAUGUCGGCUUCGCUUGUGCCAUAGCGCGACAAAUCUUACGGCCCGAUGAUAGCACAUACAUGCAGGUCUUGGAUGGAUGUCGAUCCGCAAGAGAACACCCUUCGCUGCCACCAGUCAGAGGAAAAGACGAGCAGUACGCCUACUAGACGACAUUUGGUCGAUAGUCUUGGCAUGUGCUUCACCGCCUCAUAUCACCCUCUUAUCAAUGUGAUUCAACGUGGAUAUGGACAGUCGCCUUCAAGGUCGCUAUCUCAAAAUGGCUCAGCCCGAGCAAAGUCAUCUUCUGUGUUACAGACUAGCAGCGCGUCAACCUGGCGGACGAGAUACCGUUUGAACCUCGACAACUUGGUGCCGAUAUCCGAUGUUAAAGCUCUCACCGCAAGGAUUGGCGCCCCUACCUCCCAGCGGGAGCGACUGUCCAUACCCAUCAUCCAAGACUGCUUCACUGGUGCCGCCAUCUCUGACACGGCCACCAUAGUGGCCCAUCUCGAUGAAACGUACCCCUCUCGGAAUCUGUGCUCAUACCCAGCGCGUACCUUGCUACGUUAGGGCUGCGGGCCUGGUCGUUCCUUCUUGGGACCUUAUGCCAGCACCAACACCCACUGGGACGAUGAUACACCACCUUCCCUUCUCCGACGCAGUAAUCGACACUUUCGCUUUCCUUCCAGCCAUCCCUCUUCCCGUACUGGACGAAAAGGAUGAAAGGCGCGAUGGCGGUGUGGGCG